CCUGGAGACCACUAUUAUAUCUCUAAGAAGUGGGCGUAUCUCAGCUGCAGCUUAGCUUAGCUCUCUGUUCCCUUCGCAAAGACCCAGAUAGCCUGUACGGUACGGGUACUUGGUAGCUGCAGCCAUGGCUGACAAAGGAGUUCCCUCACAGCUCUCCCAACUGGCCAAGGAUUCAAGCCUUUUCUCAACAGCAAGCUUCCACGAGCACAUGAAAAAGAAAGACACGUCCAGCAGAAGUGUUUUGGCUCUAGGACAGGAACCAGACAAUGCCCCUAAGAGAAGACCAAGACAUGUCUACGAGAAUACCUACAAAACAGAACCAGAGAGAAAAUUCCAAGCCAGCAAAGUGAAAGCAAUUAUUGAAGACGUUUUGGAGAAAAAUCUCAAAGAUGAGAAAUACGAUCCGAAGUCAUGCCGUCAAUUGGUCAAGACACUCAGUGAGAUUGUCAAAGGAAGAGUUAAAGACCUCGACUACAAACGAUACAAGAUAAUGACUAUGGUGAGCAUUGGACAAGUGAAUGAGCAGGGCUUUAGGAUGGGAAGUCGUUGUUGCUGGGAUGCCAAAUGGGACACUUUCGCUACUGCAAACUUUACCAACAAAACUCUGUUUGCAAUCGCCACUGUCUGGGGAGUUUAUUAUGAGUAGCUGUGUGGGGGGUUUAUUAUGAGUAGCUCCUUUACUUACUUCAUUUAUUGUACCUCGUAUUCACAAUUAAUUGUCAAAGUUGUUGCACAACGAAUAAUUAAAAUUAAAAACUGAUGACAA